AAAUAGCUCGCCCCUGAAUCAAUGCUGGCCGCUCAGUGCGGAGUAAUAGGAGAGGAGAAGCGAGAGGCGGAGCAGACGCGAGAGCAGCGGGUUUGCUCGCGCGCACACCACGCGACGCAGGCCGCGUGGCCUCAUCAUCGCACGCCAACCCCUGUUACCUCUUCGCAACCAGUCCUUCCGUUUCAAGCCAAGACCUCUCUAUAUCCGCUACAGGCAACCAUGUGUAGCUCAACGGCCCCCAGUGGCGCCUGUGCUGGCGGCACAAGGCUGCACGCUGCCGCCUUUGGAGGCAUGCCAGGCGUCCUCCGCGCGCGUGGCUGACUAAGCUCGACGCGUCAAAAAAGUCAGAGUGCGUGGGAGCCGCGCUCGGCGGCGCGGCGAGCGGCGAACCCGUCCGCAACUUCCUGCGCCGCAGGCACCUUCUCGCUCCCAUCCCUUCCAGCCCACUCAGCCAUGUCGCCCACCGCCUCCACCUCCGCCGCCGCCGCCGCCGCAGGCAGCUCCGCCUCGCUGAUCGGCGGCCACGUGGCGCCCGCGCAGGCGCUCAAGGCGCUGCGUGCCCUCGCCGCACACGUUGCCGCGGCCGGCGAGCGCCGCGCCGCCGCUGCCAGCGAGCUGCCGCUCGACGGCGGCGCGGGCGCAGACGACGUCGUGUGGAUGCAGCUCACCGUCAAGCGUCUGAGUGCGACGAAGCAGGUCAAGCCUGUGCGCAUCGCCGUGCCUCACCCGCCUCACGUUCCCGAGCCCGCCGUGCUGCUCCUCGUCGCCGACCCGCAGCGCGCCACCAAGGACCUGCUGGUGGAGCAGCGCAUCAAGAGCGUGACGCGCGUCGUGGGCGUCGAGAAGCUGCGCGGCAAGUUUGCGCCCUUCGAGGCGCGCCGCCAGCUCAUGAACAGCCACGACGUCGUCCUCGCCGACGACCGCAUUGUGCGCAUGCUGCCCAAGCUGCUGGGCAAGAAGUGGCUCGAGAGCAAGAAGCAGCCAUUCCCUGUCGACAUUCGCCACACCAAGAACGACCGGUUGCGAAAGGAGAUUGACGGCGCGCUGCGCUCGACGUACUACAUGGCCAACAAGGGCAGCUGCGCCUCGAUCCGCAUCGGCACGCUGAGCACCUUGACGCCGGACCAGCUGCUGGAGAACGUCUCUGCCGCCCUGCCGGCCGUCGUCUCCAAGGUGCCCGGCGGCUGGACCAACGUGCAGGGCGUCGAGCUCAAGACGGGGCGCAGCAUUGCACUGCCCGUGUGGAACUGCUCGCUCGGCCAGCUGUGGGAUGGCGCCGAGGAGCCGGGCAUGGAGGCGACGUUUGAGGGCAGCGAGGACGAGGAGGACGAGGAGAUUGUGGAGAUUGAGCAGGAGGGCAAGAAGGCCAAGGCGGCAGCCAAGCCCAAGACGGACGCAGCGAAGGGCAAGGCACGCAGUAGCAAGGCGGCCGCGGCGGCCAAGCCGGCAAAGGCGAGCGCCGAGAAGGAUGUGCAGCAGGCGGCGGCGAAGAAGGCAAAGGCCAGCAAGACGGCCGGCGACGCACCCGCCGCAGCGGCCAAGGCAGCCAAGCCAGCAAAGGCCGCCUCAAAAGGCAAGGCGACGAGCGGCGCCGCGGCCAAGAAGAUCGGCAAGCUCGCCAAGCUGCAGGCCGGCUCGGCUUGAGCUGCGCACGCUGGCCUUCUCUCGAGAUGUGUACUGAUGUGAGGAACGAGGAG